UGAGGUAGCUCAGCCUUGCAGUUUGGGGCUAAGUCGAUUGGCUAGACUUUACCCCCCAUUAUACAACCUGAGGCAACACUCUUCAGCCUUAGUGUCAAGCAGCUCACCAGCAGAAAGCUAACGCGGCGCGGCGGCCUAGAGCUCCGUUACAGGUAACGACGUAGACGAAUCCACAGCCUCAACACCAUCUCAGCCAGACUGUCACCAUCACGACGGCUCUUUGUUACUUUCGACCUUGUUUUUAGUUGUUUCAGAGAGGCUUACCACAUUCUCCAUCUCUCUCAUCUCGUAAUCACAACGAAUCCAUCAUGUCUCGCCGUUACGAUUCCCGAACAACCAUCUUUUCACCAGAGGGACGUCUGUACCAGGUCGAAUAUGCUCUAGAAGCCAUCUCACACGCAGGUACAGCCAUUGGCAUCCUGGCAAAGGAUGGUAUCGUCUUAGCUGCCGAGCGAAAGGUCACCUCGAAGCUUUUGGAGCAAGACACCUCCGCCGAGAAGCUCUACAUCUUGAACGACAACAUGAUUUGCGCCGUCGCUGGCAUGACCGCCGAUGCCAACAUUCUUAUCAACUACGCCCGACAAGCCGCUCAGCGAUACCUCCUCACUUAUAACGAAGACAUUCCUUGCGAACAGCUUGUGCGUCGACUUUGCGAUCUUAAGCAGGGAUACACCCAACACGGUGGCCUACGACCCUUCGGUGUGUCUUUCAUCUAUGCCGGUUGGGAUCCUCGUAGACAAUUCCAGCUCUAUCUCAGCAACCCCUCUGGCAACUAUGGUGGCUGGAAGGCUACAAGUGCGGGUGCCAACAACGCAAGCGCACAGAGUCUCCUCAAGCAGGAUUACAAGGAAGACUGCACUCUGAAGGAAGCUUGCGGCAUGGCGGUCAAGGUUCUCAGCAAGACGAUGGAUUCUACCAAGCUGAGCAGCGAGAAGAUUGAAUUCGCGACAGUAGGACAGACCGAGGACGGCAAGAUUUACCACCGCCUGUGGAGUGCCGAUGAGAUUACGGCGUUGUUGAAGGAGCAUGACCUGGCAAAGAACGAGGAGACAGAGGAAAAGUAAGUAACAGGCUAUAGAUUCUUGAUAGAUGGGGGGAGGAAUGCGGGGCCACUCUUAUCUGCCCCUGUACAAUAAUAUCACGAAAUGACCACAAAACAAGACUUAUCCAACGCCUGGCUUGACCAAGUCUAAAAGUGUUGUCGAACACAUGAUGCUUCGGUGGAAGAGUAAUGCAAUGCAGUCUAAGCCAGAGCAUCUCGGACAAGAAUUCAAACUAUUCCUAGUCCCCAAUAUCAGCGUCGCGAACCUCUCAAGUUUUCCAUCUCGAAUCCUACAUCUGUCCCUCUUGCUGCCUCCUCAUCAUCGGUG